AUGUCUACCACUGUGGUCAGCCCUACUCCCGCUGCAACAAUGGCUCUCCAAGCCCCCCAGGUUGGUCUCGCCGACGACGAGCUCCUGGCCCUCUUUCGGCGCGUCACCAUCAGCGGGUCGGCCGGCCACGAUGUCUCCGAGACGCAGAUCAAGAAAGCAUUCAAGCAGGAGAUCAGCCGGCCGCUGGGACGCCAGGUGCUGGAGGCCUCGCUGAGGGAAGCGCACGAGUGCUCCUGCUACCACUGGAACUACCAUGACACCAUCAGGGGCAAAGUCGACAUCAGCCGCGUCGACCUGACUUUCGACCUGACCUCCCAGAGCAUGGGACAGUCCGUCCGCGGCGAGGCGGCCGGGUUCUUCAGGGUGAACCAUGCCUUCAUUAACGCAACCGUCUACUACGACGACCAGCAAGCCCUCCAAGGCAACCAGAGCAUCAGGGUGUACAUGGACGAGACCUCUUUCAAGAUCGACUUCUACACCACCGACCAGUCCGAAAAACCCAUUGCCCGCAUCGUCCAGAAGAACUCCUCCUUCACCUUCCAGGGAACCGACACCGGCGACGCCACCUGGUAUACCAGCUAG